UACACUCAAAUGCGUUGUAACUCACACGCCAUCCAUCACUAUGGAUUAGUUGUCGGGACAGAUUUCUCCUGAGGUGUGCGGCCGAGUGGAAACUAGUGACCGUCUAAGUUACCAUUGGAUUGGAUAUUCAGUGAUGUGAACUUUUCACUAGUUGUGGUUAACUUAUUCAUAUAUUACUAAAUACUCAGGUUACUUUUACGUGAUCAGUAUCAUUUGACUGUUAUUGCUCAUGAAUCGUUCGGUGAAACAGACCGUACAACUUUUUAUGGCUGUACUGACCGAUUUUUCUAUAUUUUUUAAAGGCGUUAUAACUUUGAAUUCAUUAGCGACCUUUUUCGUCGAAACAAUCGUCCAUCAAAGACGAAUUAAUUCUUGACGCGUCUCAUUCGCGUCCGGUGUUCAUGCUUUCCAAGUGUUCAUGAUUUCAAACAGUCUUUCUUGGCGAACCGUUGCCUAGGCCACUUGCCCGUGGUCUGAUUGCGUGAUGGUACCUAAUCAAACGAAUAAUAAUAAACGGUAGUAAUCGGCUAAUUAUCUUUUUUUAGGGCGAUAAAGCCAUUAAAAAUCGUGUAAUGCCUUGUCAGUGCGCGAUUUACGUCGGAGUUAUAAGGUGAUGUUUUACGUUUUGUGUUAAAUUAGUGAUAUAGUGAAUUACGGAAAAUGUGGGGUGCUGCAGUGUCGAAUCCACCUCAUUACCAUUACAUUCAGGGGCCUGGGCCAGGAGGCCCUGGUCCCCCGCGAGGUCCCGCCGGACCUAUAUUGUCCGGACCGGGAGCGAGACAUUUGCGGCCCCAAUCAUCUUACUCUUUGCCCCAUGGAAGUAAUGGGCCGGGCCGCUGGGGGUGGUCUGGUAAUAAUGCAUCUUCGUUUGACCGAAGGCAGUUAAAGGUCCCGCCCCAGCCAGUCAGACCAGCUCCAGCUCGACUCGCUGAAAAGAGAAAUACUAAUUAUAAGGUCGAUCCCGAGCUGAUCUUCACGAAACAAGAGAAGAUCGGCAAGGGGUCGUUCGGCGAGGUGUUCAAAGGCGUCGACAACAGGACGCAACAAGUUGUCGCCAUCAAAAUAAUUGACCUCGAGGAAGCCGAAGAUGAAAUCGAGGAUAUCCAGCAGGAGAUUAUGGUGCUGUCACAGUGCGACAGCCCGUACGUCACUAAGUAUUAUGGAUCAUACUUGAAGGGAACAAAACUAUGGAUUAUCAUGGAAUAUCUCGGCGGUGGGUCGGCGUUGGACCUGAUGAAGGCGGGUAGUUUUGAAGAAAUGCACAUAGCAGUCAUCCUGCGAGAGGUGCUGCGAGGGCUAGACUACCUGCACUCGGAAAGGAAACUUCAUAGGGACAUUAAGGCUGCUAACGUACUGCUGAGCGAAAUGGGAGAUGUUAAAUUAGCUGAUUUCGGUGUCGCGGGCCAAUUAACAAAUACAACUAGCAAAAGGAACACAUUCGUCGGCACGCCGUUCUGGAUGGCACCCGAAGUCAUCAAACAGUCAUGCUACGACAGCAAAGCGGACAUCUGGUCGCUAGGAAUCACUGCCAUCGAACUAGCGAAGGGUGAACCGCCCAACUCUGAGCUCCACCCCAUGAGAGUAUUGUUCCUUAUACCCAAGAACAAUCCUCCGCAACUGACCGGCAGCUAUUCGAAACCUUUCAAAGAGUUCGUAGAAGCAUGCUUGAAUAAGGACCCCGAAAAUAGGCCAACGGCGAAAGAGUUACUAAAGUUCCAAUUCAUCCGGAAGGCGAAGAAAAACUCGUAUCUAAUGGAUCUAAUUGAUAGGUAUAAGAAGUGGAAAGCGCAGAGGAGCGAAGAAAGUGAAACAGAAUCGGAAAAUUCAGAUUCAGAGGAGUGCAGCCGCGGCGACGGCGAGGCGGACGAGCCGUGGAUCAUGACGGUGCGCGGCGGCUCGGCCGCACGCUCGGCGCAGCCGCUGGCGCCGCUCGCGCCGCUGCCGCCGCUCGCGCUCGCGCACCUCGCUGACGACAAGCGCCGCUCGCUGCACUGCGUCGACGACGCCAUAAUACCUUCCCCCACGUCGCCGGUGGCGCCCAAACAGAACGGCUCCCUCAGCGCGCGCGGCGACGACGUGCCGCCCGACAACCACAAGCCCGCGCCGCUCAACAACAAUACUCCCGACAAGCUACCUUCUCGACAAACGCCGAUUUCGUCGACGCCCGUGGAGCAACGUAACGCGAAGGAAAGGGACCGCGGCGACCGCGAGGAGCGCAAGGAGCGGGAGCGAGAGGAACGGAGCUCCAACAGGGACAGCGUAGUUUAUAACAAUAAAGCCUCAUCGCCAUUGGAUCACAGAGGAGCGAACAACGAAGAGAACAAAGUGAGGCGGCAUGCGUAUCUUCAACAGCUUAUUUAUCCACUAUUGAAUGAGCUAUCGCGCAAGCACGGCGCGGGCAGUGCGAGCGCGAUAGAGGAACUCCGACGUGCCUUCGACGCGGCCGAGCGCUCCGCGCCGCACCUCACGCGAGCCUUCGUACAGCAGGUGGUGCAGAGGGUGGCCACGCAGUCGCACACCAGCGCGCCGCCGUCGCCGCCCGCGCACAACCCGCUGCAGCCCAAGCACCAGUGGAUGAGGUAGGGACCUAUAAUGCCAGUGGCGUGCCCGCCACCGCAGCCGCGCGGCGACCGCCUGCGCGCUCGCAACUGUUGCGCGACCGGCUCGCUACAGCACCGCAACUCGCAUACGACACCGCUGUGCAACGCACUGGGUGCGGCGACGCAAUGCAACGCAACUUCUCCUAUGCAUCUUAGACAACGCAUCGCAUUGAACAAACCGAAAAUCACUAUCAUAUCGUCGGUCGGAUUAAUUUACUGAACAUCUCCAAAAUCACGUGUUUUGAGUUAAGUAUGAAAAAUGGUAGAAAAUUGAAAAAGUUUUCCGUACAAUCAACAACAAAAGACAAAUUGUUCCAAUGGACAUGAAACAACUUCUCUGGUAAAGAAUCAAUAUUGAUCUCAACUUUUUCUUAUUUUCACUUCAUUACUGGAUCAUUUCAUGCAAUUAAGGAAAAAAAAUGACAGGUGACACCUAAAUCUUGGUAAUAUAAAAUGAAACUGCAUAUUAAAUUAAUUCUCAAUUAAUGAACUUCAACUCACAGAAUUCUGCAGAAAUAAAUCGCGGAGCAUACGCUUACUAUUGCCACUUUGUAUGCAAAACUAUAUUUUUAAUGUAAUAAACGAGGUCUAUACAAAUAUGAAAUGGUUUUUCGAUAUACUAGCCUAAUCGUAAAAAAAAAUUCUACUUGAUUAUUAUUUAAUAAGCCAAGCUUUUUUAUUUAUUAAAGUUUUUCACGUACAUAAUACCGUCUCAGAAUAAUUCUAAACGAAAUAAGGCAUCGAGUCAGAGAUGUCCGAACAAAUUCUAUCCAUAAUCCGUCUUUUAGUGACCUUAUAAUGUUAUACUGAUGUUUUCCAAAUAAAAUACUGACCAAAUUACACUGAUUUAGUUUUUGCUACCCAUAUUAAUAAAGAUUAUUAAUAUAAUUACCUUCGCAUUAUGAAACGGUUCACCUUAAUGUGCGCUAACCAUAAUACUAAUGUAAAUAGAAUCGAUGGCAGUGCAUAGCCGAGUCACAAAGUUGCAAUGCCAUAUUUAAUAAAAUAUUACAUAUUUAACAUUGAGAUACUACAACUUAUGAUAAAUAUUGUCUUAUUAGAGAAUUAUAUGAUAUGUAAAUUAUAUACCUUUUGUACCCCAUGGUAAUGUCGUGAUUUUUUUAUGUAAGGGCUAAAGCACACCAGAUAUUUUUAGCAUCAGCUUUUGUCGUCGAUCUUUUCUCUCUUCGAAAGCUAAACGUUGCGAUUGAACUUUAACGGACACUCACUCACUGCGAUCGUUCCUGCAUUGCUGAAGAUAGUGGUACUACUAUUGUGUCCACCAGCUUCCAUCGGUAGUCAUCUUUUCAAUGCUUUAUUUAGACGUGUUUGACUCCCUCUGUCUGACUUUUGGUCAGACCAGCUAGUUGAUGAGCGGCCUCUCGCUCUUUUGCCCUUCAGGGUGGAAAUAUCGAAAUGAAAUGCGACAAGUUGCUGAAAACAUGAUUCAGCAAUCAGCAUCGAAUAUACUUUCGUGACGCCGAGGUCGAUCGCAGUUAGUCGCAAAAGCUGCAGCGUCGCUGAUUGCCGAUUCUAAAAGUAUCGAGUAUGCUUUGGCCCUAGCAAUGGCUUAGGCUUAGGUUACACUAUUGUGAAUGGAGCGAGUCAUCGUAGUGUAAAAGAUUAGCGCGCGGCGGCUGUUUGUAUGCGGGUUGUUUGUUUUAUUAUGUCUGACCUUGUUAAUUUAUAAAUAUUCGUGGAGAGCUACACUUCGCCAAUAUUUUGCCAUAAUUUUGUUCUAAAGUUUUCCUUUACUAACACGUUUUGUAUAGAGGUUUGAUCACUUCGGUCGUCGAAAUUCUAACGUAUUUAUACACUUAGAGAUAUGUUGAAAUUUGGUAGUGUUUCUUUAGUGUCAUUCCAGACAAAAGACAACAUUGUCAGCAUUUAUAGAUUUAUUUGUUUAUAUUUUUUGUUGAACUUGAUUAGCGCUCUCGUUCUUCCUUGAUUGAUCGCGGAGCCGAGGCCCGCGCACUGUGACCGUUCGUAGGAGUGUUAAAAAAAUUCUUUAGUUUAAUUAAUGAAAAUUAGUUUUAAUUCUCGGUUGAUUACCGAUUUUGUAAUUAAUAUGUGACUAAUAAGAUGUUCUAAAACAUUAAUCUUAUAUUUUGUUGCAAGUUUUAUUUUAAUUUUAUUUCGUUUAGAUAAUGUAAACGGGAGGCGAUACGGAGCUAGCGUUAGUAUUUUGUGAAUUUAAAAGUAUUCCCGACACCAACGACCAUGCGGUGUCUGUGUGAACAACAUGCUUAAUAUGCGACAAUAUUUAGCAAUCGGAAACUAUAUAGAGUAUAUUAUAAUGAAGACUACAAAACAAUUAUUAUCGCUGUGUAAAAAUGUAAACCUACUAUAAAUGUGUAAAUUGUGUAGUGUAAUGUAAAGAAAGCUGUUUUAUGAAGUGUUCUUAUAAGCGUACGGACAAACCGUCGCGGCACGGCGCGCCGACGCGAGCGCUCGCUCUAACCUCUAGAUUCUAAGUCCCUUUUCCAUUCUUAUGCUAAAAUUAGGAAGCACUAAGCAUUGCCUCUCUCGCUAGCCCCCGUCCGGGCUGACAGGGGACGCCGCGACAAUUGGUCGCGUCGCGCCUGUCGCGUGUCAGUCGGGACGCGAGUCUGCGCCGCUCGCACGUGUCGGUGCGUCGUGCUCUGCCUUGUAUUUUUGUUUGGCCAUGUGAAUCGAGCAUGGGAGUUGUAAUGUUGAUUUCGAUGGAGGAACAAAAAUUAUUUUUCCACUUGAUGGUAUUAUAUUAUGGUAAUAAUGCGUGUAGUGUUAGAGUUGGGCGAUAAUUGUUGAUUAUUGAUUAAAAUUAGGUGUUUGUGGCAUUGGAUUGUAGUCGAGACGCGUCAGCGGAGGCCGCGAUACACGUGUCGCGACGCUGGCUCGCUUCGUCUAUGGCGGCCGCCGCUCGGUAGUGGUUUGUAGUGGUUACCUACAGAAUUCGCAGAUUGUUCCGGAUCGCGUCGUUUGGUUCAUGGGUAUUGUGAUCAUAAUUGCAUAGUUUAAUUAAAAUAUAUAUUAUUAUGAUAAUAUGUCUAUCGGUAUCGAAGCCGGUCGUAGGACUGCGUAGUGUAAAACAUCGCGCGUCGGCCCGACUCCGCGGGGUUCCGAAGCAUGUCGGUUAUGAAACCACGCUUUACUGAGUAACUGUGAUAUAAAUAUACGGUGAAUCGUCAUGGAUGUUAGCGAGUAGGCACGCGACUGUCGCGCGUCGCGGUGUCGGGGCGGCGCGGGUGUGCGCGAACUCGUAUCUCGGUAUAACCCACUCAUGCACCAAGUCGAAGUAACAGCUCACGACGCGUACCAUUAGUGUAAUGGUCAAUUAAUGUUGCGGCGUCAUUCUAACACGUUUAUGUAGGAAACAAAUUUGACUCUGAAAUAAAAGAAGUUAUUUAAUUUUGGA